GUUCCGGCCUGGCCUGGCGCGGCGCGCGCGAUGGAGGCGGAAGUGGGGGGCCUGGCCCGGCCGCCCCCGCUGGGUAACGCCGGUGCCCAGGAGCAGCAGGAGCUGGAGGCUGCGCCUCCCCCGUCGUCGGCAGAGAGCCCAGCCCCACAGGACCGUCCCCCCAAUGCCAGCGAGGUCACCAACCCGCCCCGGCACACGUCGCUCUGGGGGGAAGGGAUGCUGGACGUGCCAGCCCCACAGGAUCGUCCCCCCAGUGCCAACAGGGUCACCGACCCGCCCCGGCACACGUCGCUCUGGGGGGAAGGGAUGCUGGACGUGCCAGCCCCACAGGACCGUCCCCCCAAUACCAACAGGGUCACCGACCCGCCCUGGCACACGUCGCUCUGGGGAGAAGGGAUGAUGGACAGGCCAGCCCCACAGGACCGUCCCCCCAAUACCAACAGGGUCACCGACCCGCCCCGGCACACGUCGCACUGGGGGGAAGGGAUGCUGGACAGGCCGGCCCUGGGGGACCAUCCCCCCAGGAGGAGCGGGGUCACUGACCCCCCUCGGCAGACAUGGCACUGGGGGGAGGAGGUGCCGCAGUGCCCAGCCCCACAGGACUGGCCCCCAAAGAACACCGAGGUCACCGACCCGCCCCGGCACCCGUCGGGCGGGGGGGAAGGGAUGCAGGCGUUGCCAGCCCUAGGUGACCAGUCACCCGACAGCAGUCUGCUCAGUGAACGGCCGCAGCGCCCGUCCCAGCGGGGUAGAGGGAUGCCGGAGCCCAGCCACGCUGCGGGUUUGGCUCAGGAGGAGGCCGGGGCCCAGGAGCCGGUGGGUCCCCCCGAGGUGGGUGAGCAGGCCCUGCUGGCCAUGCUGACGGCCGUGGCCAACAGCCCGCUGCCGGUGCGCAGCCAGCAGAAGGACGAGCCGGAUCUGACGGCCGAGGAGAAGCUGGCCAUCCUGCGGGCGCUGUACCGGGACAAGCCCGUGGUCUUCCUGGAGCGCUUCCGGCGGGCCCUGCGCGUCGAGCACCUCGGCUGCUUCGCCCACCUGGCCGCCCGCUACGAAGUGCGCUUCUACUGCGACGAGGUGCGCCGGGCCGCCCGCGGCAAGGCCGGCCACACCCGGGUGCGCAACAAGAGGUACGCCGCCCUGCAGCAGCUCAUCAAAGGGGGGGAGUAUUUCAGCGACGAGCAGAUGCGGGCGCGGGAGCCCCUGCUCUAUGAGCAGUACAUCGGGCAGUACCUGAGCGACGAGGAGCUGCUGGCCCUGGGCAACCAGGCACUGGCCGGCGCCUGCUCCCUCUCCGGCGUCCUGCUCGACUCCUACCAGGAGCAGGUGCUCCAGCUGCGGCUGCACAUCCAGCAGGAGCAGGAGGAUGCCUGCAUGGAGGAGGAGGAGGAUGACGACGAAGGUGAGGAGUCCAGCUCGGCCUCGGACGCCUGGGUCCCUGACACAGAGGAGAAGGCCUUCCUGCGGGAGGAGUUCACCAGCCGCAUGCACCAGCGCUUCCUGGACGGCAAGGACGGUGACUUCGAUUACAGCGAGGUGGACGAGAACCCGGAGUUCGACAAUCUGGACAUUGUGUCGCGGGACGAGGAGGAGCGUUACUUCGACGGCGAGGAGUCCGAGGAGGCGGAGGAGAUGGAGGCAGAGUAGGGGGUCCCCUGCCUCCCCCCCCAAAGCACCCAACUCGUGUGCAGUAACCCAGACUCCUAGUCUGUGACCUGGGAUCCUUUCCCCGUACGCUCGCCCCAGGUCGCUCCCAGCCUGUGAGCCAGUCCAGACAGGUACCUUUGUAUCGGGGGUCCCCGCCCCCUUCUCUCCAGGGCUGGGACACCCCCCACAU